AUGGAAGAACAAAACAACGUCAGUGCAUUUAUAUGUGUACUUAUUGCAGCUGUUAUACUCCUUAUGGUAAAUCUGACUCAGGCUGACUCUAAGGAACAAACGCACACAGACUUGAAGUUUUACAGCACGGACAAGAGAGCUUUGAAAAAUGGCGCUUACAGUGUGCAACAUGGGGUUCAAUCCCACGUGCAGUGUGUCCGUAACUGCCACAUGGAUGCCAAAUGCAUUUCAGUCAAUUACAUCGAGACAAACCUAAUCUGUGAAUUAAACAAUGCAUCGAGGGCUGAGCACACAGAUGAACUUUUGAAGGAUUGUGAAAGCAUGUAUUUUGACGCAGAGGAGAGUACUCGUCGUUUACCUGCACUUCAGCAAUGCAGUUGUCUUGACUUACUCAAAGAUGGCCAGACUGAGAGUAGAGAGUACUACAUUUCACCUCCCAGCAUCAGCAAAGGGUUGAAGGUCUACUGUGAUAUGGAAACAGACAACGGGGGAUGGAUUGUAUUCCAGCGACGUAUAGAUGGCAAAGUGGCAUUCAAUCGAAAUUGGCUGGAUUACCAAGACGGUUUCGGGCAAGCAUCUGGAGAAUUCUGGCUCGGGAAUGAAAACCUGCGCAAACUGACCGAGUCGUCUGGAAAGUGGCAGCUGCGGGUUGAAUUGCUUGACUGGGAUGGUUCAACUGGAUGGUCCGGUUACAACCAGUUCUCUGUAAGCAAUGAUAAUUAUCGUCUGACAUGCAACGAGUAUGAUGAGAGAAGCACUGCAGGUGACUCGAUGAGGUUGCAUAACGGAAUGCUAUUCUCAACCAAAGACCAAGACAAUGAUGUCAACGACAAUGCUCACUGUGCAGUCGUCAGACCUGGAGGGUGGUGGUAUUACAGAUGUGUGCAGGCAAACCCCAAUGGUCAGUACUUUGACUAUGAAGAUAGGAACAUCCCAACUACUAGUGGAUCAGGUUGGGGGAUCAUUUGGAAAACAUGGACCGGUCAAUAUUACUCCCUUAAAGCAUGCACAAUGAAAAUACGUGAACUGGCCUAA